CGUACGCGCACUGCACAUUGACCGUGUGAUGAUUAAGACUGUCCAAGAUUGGCCGCUGAGGGCGACAUUUGUUUACAUUUCAAGUUCAUUUCGCGGGCGCGGGAAACUCAAAGUUCAUUUGAAAGGGGGUAGGGUAAACAAACUUUUGGACAAGUUUAGACCUGUGAUUUGACCAAUGAGAUGUCAGAUCAACAAUACAAAACGUAUACGUCAUGUUAAUCAUAUGAGGUCAUAGAAUUUUCUUGGAAUCCCCGCGUACGUUGACGAUCAUUGUUACGUACGGCGGGGGUGAGCUUUUACACUAUAGUUUUUCAUCAUUUUAUCAACAAACUUUUUAUAGUAUUAUCACAAAAAGUCAAGAGUUUUAAAGGGCUGGUGGCAUUCUGUUUUAAGUUGUCAAAGUGUUCUUCCUAAUCCCUUUUUUGGUCUCUAUGCUUCCUACUUUUUUUAUCUGUCAAUAACUCUCAUCUUAUCAUCGGCCUCACUUAACCCCUUUCACACCAUCACUGUGGCCCCACCCCUUUAAUGUCGUGUAAGCACAGGCCUGGGAGUCAAGGUGGGGAGGGGGGAGGGGGAUUGGAGGGGGGUGGGGGGUUGGAUGAGCAUUUGGCCCAUUUGGCAAAGCUUUGUAGGCUUUGCGGCCAAAUGCUCACCAAACACCCUGCAUCAUUUGACAUAGCUGAUUAUCUUGUUUUAAUAAGUAAGUUUGUUUCAGUAGAGAAUGAUGAGCCCGACAUCCAUCCUAAGGCAUUUUGCAAGGGGUGCUACACUGGGAUGAAAUCGCCCAGAAACAAAAAAUGGGUGCCAACAGCUAUCUGGGCACCACACAGACGAAGUCAAACCUGUGUGGUGUGUUCCCAUUCUAAAAAAAUGUCAGUUGGAGGGCGCCCUUCUAAGAAAAAAAGCACAGGUCGUCCCAGGAUAGACCGAUCACUUCAUGCCACCCUCGACUCCUUGAAAGCUAAUUCAAGGGUGCCCGACAUUGCAAUUGAUGAUGAAGUUUUGUUUAAAGAGAGGUUUGGGGUACCCAAUGACAGUCAAUUUUGUUGUAGAGUAUGUGAAUGUGUCUUUGUUUGUCCCGUUUCAACACCAUGUCAACAUUUGUUUUGUAUGUCUUGUGUACAAAACUUGUUUGGGUCCGAUUCUCGUGUAAAUAUUUCAUGCCCCACCUGCCAUUCACACGUACAUUUCCAGUCACUAACUCCAGCACCCACAUACUUCCAUAACAUUCUUAAAAAAUCAGACAUAUCAUGCAAGCAAUGCAACACAAACCUCACAUAUGACAUAGCCACACAUCACAGCCAUCCUUCACACCAUCCAACAAUCACACAUACUGAUCACAAACAAACCACUGACAACCUCAUAAGCCAACUCACCCCUCAGCAGAAGGAGGAAAUUGGUACCGUACUACUCCGAGAAAAAUUACGUACUUCUAAUGAUGGUGCUACUGCUGUAUUUAGAACAAAAGGACAACCCCUGGUUACGAAACUGAUAACUAAGCCCAGAAUAAGCUCUGCAGACAGCACUCCAUCAACAAGGCGAAGAAGAAGCAUGCAACUUGCUGCCAUCCGGGAUGAGAUCUCCCACUCACCAGACGUCCAGUUUAGGCACGAAGUCUCCAGGGCUCACAAGGCAGGGGCUCUGGAUGACCCAUCCUCCAGCGUCAAAAUCAACGACAUAGACAUGGUCAACAUGAGGUCCAUGCUUCGGCUAAGCUGGAAGAUGACAAGAAAACUAAAAUCAUGGCUUAAGGAACACAACAUUGCUUCCGAUUGUGAAAAGAAGGUGCGGGCCCAAGAGGCGAAAUUGAUCGGGGACAACCUGGAGGGGGAAUGGGUUCCCCUCCAAUUCCAUAACGAGGAGAGGAAGGAGACGGAGAUUAUCAAGACUCCACUUGUCAAAGUUACCUCAUUGGAGAGGAAGGUCAUGUCCCUCCUGGACGAAUACGAGAAGCUGAACCUUCUAUCCUUUGACGACACAGGAGGGGAGGUAUGGUUAAAGGUUGGCGGUGACAAGGGAGGUUCCUCCUUCAAAAUGAUGAUGCAAAUCGCAAAUGUGUCCAAGCCCAACAGUGUCCAGAACACAACAAUCGUCCUGAUGUUUGAUGCUGUAGAUAAUAUAUUUAAUUUACAGCUGGCUCUUCAGGGGUUUUCGGCCGAGAUAGAACAUCUCACAACUACAACAUGGAGAGGCAGACCACUGCGAGCAUUCCACUUUGGAGACUAUGAGUACCUCUCCAAAAUCUAUGGCUUAACAGGUCCAAAUGGUCGUCACUGCUGCCUCUACUGUCUUGUCAGCAAGCAGGACAUGAUGAAGCCAGCAACUGAAAGAGGGGAGAGACAGAGUAGGACUCUAGCAACUCUUGAGGAACACCUCCACCAGUUCCAGCACUCUGGCUCCAAAAGUGCAAAGGACCACUUCAACGUAGUGCGGCAGCCCCUUGUUACAAUCCCCAUCGAUCAGGUAUGCCCCCCUGGCCUACACAUCAGUCUCGGGUUGUUUUUGAAGCACUUUAACAGUAUGGAGAAGGCAUGCCACCAGCUAGACAUCCAGACUGUGGCGUACCUCGCUCCCCAGGACGCCCCAAGCAACCUAUCGAAGAACAUGAUCAACAUGGUGGAGCGACAUCGACUGGAGGCUAUGCUGGCAGAGAAGGAAGAGGAGCGCAAGGAUUUGAUGGAGCAGCUAUCAUGCUUCAUUCUCCUUUAUCCUGAGGAAGCUGCUUCUCAACCGGUCCAACUUCUCCAAGAAUCUGUCAAGGAAAAGGAUUCCGAGAUAAAUGAUGUGAAAGUUGACCUGAACAAGUCAUCAAAGGUUUCCGUAGCCAGUGGGAUGAUAGCAGCCAGUUUGGAUCAAGCCUUGCAAGAUAUGCAUGUGCAGAGACAGGCAUAUCACGGAAAGAGUUUUAUAGGCAACCACGUUCACAAGUGCCUCAAACCUGACAACAUCAUCAGACUUACGACAAGAGUAGCUGAUACAAUGAAACAGCUGUGUCCAGACAGUGAGCCACUCAUCAGGGAAGCAGAACGGGUUGCAGCUACGUACCGCAAUCUUUUCACUCUCUUUGGUCGCUGUCAUGUUGCCAUCAACACAUGUGGGUUUCUGAAGGACGACAAAAUAAAUGAACUAGAGAGUAACAUCAAGGACUACCUCCACUUCUUUAGAACCAAUUUCCCCACCGAAUCAGUGCCCCCCAAAAUGCACCUCCUCGAGGAACACAUUGUGCCAUGGCUUCGAAGAUGGCGAGCAACGAUGGGAACGAUGGGGGAACAAGGAGGGGAGAGUGUCCAUGCGCAGAUAAACAAUAUCAAGAGGGACCUGCGAGGUUAUAACAAUGACCUGGACCUGCUCUUGAGGAGUGUCAGAGGCCAAUGGCUGGCCAGUAACCCCCAGACAUACAAACUAUACAUGUAAUUCACCUUUACAGGUACUGGUCAAGAGUACUGGUCAAGAAUGAAAGUGAUCUCCUUUGAGAGCUAUCAUUUAAUUCCACCUGAAAGAACAUUCCAUUUCCAGUGUAUGUGGUUAGUAAUUCACCAUAAAUGCAUUGAAUUUUUGUAUGUUUUGAGAUUAUAAUAGAGAUUUUUAUCGUUAGUCAUAGCAAAAAAUUCAACAAUUGAAAUAGGUCCCACAUACCCAUAUUAAAGGAAUUGUUUAACAAUGUUAAAUCUGAGAUGCACGGCCCUACGUGUUAUCAGUGUCUGUGAUAUGGUGUUAUAUUG